UUGGUGAUGAUGUGGGUCAAAUGCAUUGUUGAUCCUCUAUUUUCUAAUGGGAGAGAGAAAGACAUAGUAAGUAGGUUUCUCUUGGUAUUCUAUCCAGUGUUUCUUUUGAUCUCUUGGGGUUCUGAGUCUUUCCUCUUGCAAUGGAGGAAUACAAAGCUUAUUCUUUAUCAGAGGUCUUUCUCCAUUCCUCCAAGAAAGAUUGUUGGUUGAUCAUAAAUGACAAGGUUUAUGAUGUAACCAAGUUCUUGGAAGAUCAUCCAGGAGGUGAAGAUGUUCUUUUAGAGGCAUCAGCCAAUGGAGAUGCCACAGAAGCUUUUGAUGAUGUGGGUCAUAGUUCCACAGCCACCAGCAUGAUGAAUAGUUAUCUCAUUGGUUUUCUGGAGGGUUCUGAUGCUGGAAAAGACAUUGGAGGUUUGCAGACUAUGAGGGAAAAGAAAGAAAAGGGAUCUGCUUUGGCCAAAGCCAAAAAGGAAAUGAAGCCAUCUGUUGUCAUCAACUUAAUGCAGUACAGUAUCCCUCUUAUCAUCUUUGGUGUGGCAUUCGGAGCUUGGUAUUUUCUUAAUAAAGCCAACUAGUCUUGAUUCUCAUCUUUAAGCCAUUUUUGUCACACAAUAAAAGUAAUUAAUGUUGCAAACUUAUGUGUCAAUAUCUGGAAGCCUAUGUAAUACCUUUUUAUUUUUAUC